GUCAUAACUAAAACAAAAAUAUAAAUAAAAGAGAUUUUAAAUAAUACGCAGUCUUUUCGAUCGAAAUCUUCCGCCGGUAGAAUUCUACACUUGAAGCGCGACAGACAUGGGUCAGAUUUCCUUGGAUGAGGAUGAUUGCCUGGUUCGCGAGUUGGACAGUCGGUACUAUGGCUUUCUGGACUUGUCCAAUCAGAAGAAUGCAGAAAUAAGGAAUCUUGUCCAGCAAACAGUGACAAAACUGCAGAACUACAUAGCCAAUGGUCAUCAAAACAACGCAGUUACGAAUGUUUACGACUCAUCAAGCCGUACAGACCAAAAGGACGACGGGGAUACCAAGCAUCUCGAUACCGAAACGAAGGAAAAGGCUCUAGUUUCAGUCGGUGACGAUGAGAACUACGUAAAUGCUCUCUGCAAGCUAGGUCACCUGCACCUUCUUCUCGGCGAAUAUUCUGAAGCUCUUUCGGCUUAUCAAAAGUAUUUGCGGUUUCGAGAAAAUAGUUACUGGACAAACCAUACAUUUAUGUAUGGAAUAGGCGUUGCCUACUUCAAGCUUAGGUGCUUUAAAUGGGCCAUCAAAUCUUUUCAAGAACUUUUGUACUUGAGCCCAAACUUUACAUGUGCAAAUGAAGUCCAUUUGCGUUUAGGUCUUAUGCUAAAACAUUGCGGCGAAUAUCAUAUUGCCCUAAAACAUUUGCAAUUGGCGCUGCUCUACACAUAUCCAUCGACUUUUUCCGAGCUUCAGGUUAAAUUUCAAAUAGCACAUCUGUAUGAAACUCAGAACAAGCACAAGGCGGCCAAGGAUGGCUAUGAAUUCCUGUUGAAAGAAAAGAACAUUUCAUUGGAAUUAAAAGCAGAUGUUUAUAGGCAGUUAGGAUGGAUGUACCACUGCGUAGAAUGCCUAGGCGAAAAAAAGGAACGUGAAACGUACGCAUUGAAUUUUCUUCAAAAAUCCAUCGAAGCCGAUCCAAAGAGUGGACAAUCAUUAUAUUUACUCGGGAGAUGCUACGCGGGAAUCAAUAAAGUCCAUGAUGCCUUUCUAGCGUACCGCAAUUCGGUGGAAAAGAGUGAAGGAAAUGCGGAUACCUGGUGUUCAAUCGGCGUUUUAUAUCAGCAACAAAACCAACCGACGGAUGCUCUACAAGCCUAUAUUUGUGCCGUUCAAUUAGAUAAGGAUCAUAAGGCCGCCUGGACGAAUCUAGGUAUACUUUAUGAGAGCUGUGGUCAAUUACGCGAUGCCUAUGCCUGCUAUUUGAAUGCAACCAAACAAAUUUCAUUCCAAAAGACAUCAUCAUUAUUUCGACGCAAACAAGUAAUACGCAUGAAAAAGGACUCUAUUGGUCUCUCCAAGGGCCUCACACAACGCAUCAAGUUUCUGGAGGUUCAGCUUAGCCAAGCACCACUGCCAAGUAUUACAUCGAAGCGCCGGACACUGUGUUCUAUCGAAGAAGCCUGGAAUCUGCCAAUAUCUUUAGAAAUGAACUCUCGCCAACAACAGACGGCACAGAUGCUGCCGCGACAGAUGGCAAAACAAAGUCCAGUACAGGGACCGCCACCUCCAUAUCCGCACAGCCAACUCAGCCAAAGUCCCAUACCUGCGAAACGUAUUAAGGAAGAUGGCCAGCAAGAAUUAGUACAACAUAAUAAUCAGACAGCCACGCAACUGAAUUCAAAUCUAAUGAACAUUUCCGAGACGUUGAGCCAACGCAACUUGAUCGCAAUGCCGGGGGAAAACAAAAAGAUUUCUGAACAAAGCGUCGUGGACACCUUUGAUGACAUCUCGAAUGAUAUUUAUAAACAAAAUGAGACUAUAAAACUGGAGCGUUUAAGCCAAGAUGCGAUAAGUAAUAAUUUAACCGAAGACUCAAAACAUAACGAAUAUAAUGGUGAUACCAGCUCGGAUCUAACCACAUCGUUCAAAAUACAAAUGGAUUCGAAACAGUUAAUGUCCUCGGUGAAACUGCUACCGAUCGACGAACCGCCCGUACACUUUACCAUUUUGCAAGUGAACGCACCGCCGCCCUCUCCGCCCGAUUGCCCACCGCAGAAACUGACGAGGGACCAGCUCCUGCCCCCGACUCCAUCGGUUCAUUUAGAGAAUAAAAAAAACGCGUUCAGUCCCCAGUUGCAGGAGUUUUGCCUGAAGCAUCCGAUUGCCGUUGUACGCGGCCUGGCUGGCGCUCUCAAGCUUGAUCUCGGUCUCUUUUCGACCAAAACACUGGUGGAAGCCAAUCCCGAACACAGUGUCGAGGUUCGGACACAAGUUCACCAAUCGCCCGAUGAAAACUGGGAUACGUCGCAGGGAAAACGGGUCUGGGCCUGCAUAUCGCAUCGGUCUCACACAACAAUAGCCAAAUAUGCCCAAUAUCAGGCAUCCAGUUUUCAGGACAGCCUUAAGCUUGUUUUACCACAGGAUGAAAGUGAUAAGGGAUUCCAGGGUUCACAGGCUAUGUCGGACUCGGACUCCAAGGAUUCGGUUUCGAAUUCAACAAACAUUGUCUUGAAGCGUAAAAAGAACAAGAUCAACAGCAAGAUGUUAAGAUUUGGAACAAACGUUGACCUCUCCGACGAACGCAAAUGGAAGCCACAAUUAACGGAGCUACAAAAACUGCCAGCUUUUGCACGCGUCAUAUCCGCUGCCAAUAUGUUGUCUCAUGUGGGCCACGUCAUACUCGGCAUGAACACUGUCCAGCUAUAUAUGAAGGUGCCGGGCAGCAGGACGCCCGGACAUCAAGAGAACAAUAACUUUUGCUCAAUCAAUAUCAAUAUCGGGCCAGGGGACUGUGAGUGGUUUGCCGUGCCCGACGCUUACUGGGGCGGCGUUCACAAUUUAUGUGAAAAAAACAAUAUUAGCUAUUUGCACGGCUCUUGGUGGCCCGUUUUGGAGGAUUUAUACAAGGAGAAUAUACCAGUUUAUAGAUUUAUACAAAAGCCUGGCGAUUUGGUUUGGGUUAAUGCCGGGUGCGUCCAUUGGGUCCAAUCUGUUGGCUGGUGUAAUAAUAUUGCCUGGAAUGUUGGACCCCUGACUGCUCGACAGUAUUCGCUGGCCAUUGAGCGAUAUGAAUGGAACAAAGUGCAGGCCUUCAAGAGCAUUGUUCCAAUGGUUCAUUUAAGCUGGAAUUUGGCCAGGAACAUUAAAGUGUCAGACACGAAACUUUUCGAACUGAUCAAAAUGUGCUUGCUGCAAACGUUGAAGAACGUAUUGCACAUACAGGAGUACGUCAAAUCGAAGGGUGUUGAAAUACGCUUUAAUGGUCGUGGAAAGAACGAAGCCUCCCAUUACUGCGGUCAAUGCGAAGUCGAAGUUUUUAAUGUACUUUUUGUCAAAGAACAGGAGAAACGACAUGUCGUUCAUUGCCUGUCGUGUGCCCUGAAAAUGUCGCCAUCUCUGCAGGGCAUUGUUUGCCUGGAGGAGUAUCGUCUGUCUGAGCUUCAACAUGUCUACGAUUCGUUCUCUUUACAUAGAACCCAAGGACUAGCAUACACUCAAUAGUUGUAAUACCAGAAACAAAUCAUUUUUAAUAAUGCAGAUUUAAUAAAUUGUAUAUUUUACGACAUAUUA